AUUGCAUCAAAGAUGGACCUGACCUUCUCAAUGCCAAGACAUGAGAUUGUGGAUGCAGAAACUCCAGUGAAAACAUUGAUGGAGCGGUGGCCAGCACUUUUUACAGAGAGACAAGUGUUUGCAGAGUUUAACAGGAUAGUCACCACAGAUCUGCAGAGUAACUUUUAUGGUGCUGUGGAUCGCUACACACCACGCUUUGUCACAAUCUUCAAGUCCAAUACAGGGACCGUUGGAGAGAAAUUGGAUGAGCUUAUGCAGCAAAUGAAUAUAGGGAAAGAAGCAGAUGUGACAGCAAUGCGCACUCUUGUGCUCCGGGGCUUACCUAUCCUGCUUGGUGAUGAUGCCAGUAACUUCUACAACACUUGCAAUUACCCCCCUCCCCAUGGCCCGCUCCUGAGUGCCAAGGACCCCGAAGACGUGGUGGAUGUCCUCUUCCUCUGGGUGCUGGCCGGACCAGCGAGCAUUGAAGAAGAAAACCGCUACAAUCCUCCGCUGAACCAGAGUAGGGCGCCGUUGUUGGCGGAAGUGCUCGCUGGUGUCGGGGAUGCAGGAAGUGGUGGGGGGAAUAGAGCUGGGAAGGGUAGGGGGAAUAGAGCGCAGUCUCAGGAGUACCCCCUGGCCUGCGAGGGGCUAUUGGGGUAUGUGUUGAGUGGGGCGGGGCUGAGAGCAGUAGGAACGGAGUGA